CAGCGGCUGCCUGUGGCCCGGGCGGCUGCCGGGAGAAGCCGAGUGUCGGGGAGUGACGCGGCGGAGGUGUAGUUUGACGCGGUGUGUUACGUGGGGGACAGAAUAAAACUCCAGCGAGAUCCGGGCCGCGAACGAAAGCAGUGACGGAGGAGCCUGGGCCACCGGUAACUAAAUGACCAUGGAAUCUGGUGCAGAGAAUCAGCAGAGUGGAGAUACAGCUGUUUCGGAGGCAGAAACUCAACAGAUGACGGUACAGACACAACCACAGAUUGCAACAUUAGCCCAGGUGUCUAUGCCAGCAGCGCAUGCAACAUCAUCUGCACCAACGGUGACCUUAGUGCAGCUGCCUAAUGGGCAGACAGUACAGGUGCAUGGAGUUAUUCAGGCAGCUCAGCCAUCAGUCAUUCAGUCUCCACAAGUUCAGACAGUUCAGAUCUCCACAAUUGCAGAGAGUGAAGAUUCACAGGAAUCAGUGGACAGUGUCACUGAUUCUCAAAAACGCAGAGAGAUUCUUUCAAGACGACCUUCUUACAGGAAAAUUUUGAAUGACUUGUCCUCGGAUGCCCCAGGGGUUCCCAGGAUUGAGGAGGAGAAGUCUGAAGAGGAGACGUCAGCACCUGCCAUUACCACUGUGACGGUGCCAACUCCAAUUUACCAAACCAGCAGUGGGCAAUAUAUUGCCAUAACCCAGGGGGGAGCAAUACAGCUGGCUAACAAUGGCACGGAUGGGGUUCAGGGCCUUCAGACGUUAACUAUGACCAACGCCGCUGCCACUCAGCCUGGCACCACCAUCCUGCAAUAUGCCCAGACCACUGAUGGACAGCAGAUCCUGGUACCCAGCAAUCAAGUGGUUGUACAAGCUGCCUCAGGAGAUGUCCAGACUUACCAGAUUCGCACAGCGCCAACUAGUACCAUUGCACCUGGGGUAGUUAUGGCGUCUUCCCCAGCACUUCCUACCCAGCCUGCAGAAGAAGCAGCACGAAAGAGAGAAGUGCGCCUAAUGAAGAACAGGGAGGCAGCACGCGAGUGUCGAAGGAAGAAGAAAGAAUAUGUGAAAUGUCUAGAGAACCGAGUGGCUGUGCUUGAAAAUCAAAACAAGACACUGAUUGAAGAACUGAAAGCACUUAAGGACCUUUACCGCCACAAAUCAGAUUAAUUUUGGAUUUCAAUUUUCAUCUCCCAACGUGAGAAUAAAGACUGGUUUGGCCCCAACCAGAAAGACAAAAGAAACUUUUUAUUUUCUAAACAUUUCUCUUUUUUUUCUAUGCGUAAAACUGCCUGAAAGCAACUACAGAAUUUCAUUCAUUUGUGCUUUGCAUUAAACUGUGAAUAUUCAAACAUCUGCCUCCACUUUUCCCCCUCAAGAACGUAUUUUCUUCAUCCUGAUCACGAAGAAGAGCAAGACAAGACUUCUAUAUGCCCACCCUCUUCAGGAACUAGUACUUUUAUACAGUUGUGAAGAUACUUUGGGGAGGAAAGUAAGAAUUCUUUUGUGACGAUUUCAAGGGUUUGUGCUGAGCUUCUUGGUUGUUUUUGGCCCGAAGUACCAUGGGGGCCUCAUAUAAUGUAGAGAUUUUGACUGCCAAAUUGUUACAUAGUUUCACAUAUUCAUUGAAAACAAUGCAGUGUGUUGCUAAAUGGCAUUCCCCUAAAAAGGAGACAUGAAUUUUGAGUUGGGUGAACAGAGGUUUUAGAAAAACAGAAAGGGUUUCCUGCAUAAUCAUGUUAAUUCUCCACAUUCUGCAAUAUUAAGACUUUUUAAAAAAUAGUUCCAAAGGCAUUUGCUUCAACACCAUCACCAAUGUAUUUUGUUGUUUGUGUUCAAGGUUUGGGAUGCAUUAAAAGAAGUCAUUAACUGAGAUAAGCUUGAUAAUGUUAAUUGAAAAUGAAAUCAAAGGUACAGUAGCAAAGAGCAUUUUUUAAAAAAUUUAGACAGCAGUAAUGCAUUUGAGGUUUUAAGCAAAGAAAACUGUUAAAGGACAGCCUGCUCCUUUCAACACGGCCACUCAUUAAAAUGGGAUAGUUUUUACCAUCCAGGUGCUUUUGUCCUUUGUACAAUCUCUGUGUUUACUGUUUCAGAUGUUUCAAACUGUAACCUCCCUGUUUUUUUCAUAUUGUACCAAUACCUCCAGCACCAAGAAAGCCCCCUAUAAAGUUUAACGGAAACCCAAGCAGAAACUUGUAAAUGGGUGAAAAACACUUUUCCAGUUAAGUUGGCAAAAUCUGUGUUUUGUUUAUAUUGAUUACGAACUUCGGUGUUAAUAUUAUGUUUACAGCAGCAUCAGGUUGUUUGUUUUUUACCAAAAAAACUCAUGUCUCUGUUACUAUACUAUAAAAGUAUCAUUCUGACUACUGUCAGUAUUAUUUUACUAAGUGUGUGUUUCUUCAGAAAUGUUUAACUGGAAGUGUUUGUAUUCCCUGUAUUCAUCCCAAAAAAAACAACCCUGAAUUUGUGUUUUGCAGUAAUAAUACGUAGGAUUUCUGCUGGGGAAAGAAAGCUACAUGUUGUAGCUGCGGAAUGUCAUUUGUGGGUGUGUGUACCAUUACACCCUGUAAAUAGCCAAUACUAGUUUUAAGGAGCCACUUUUGUUUCCCUGUCUACUCAAUCAGCCUAAUAUAACCUCCCCCCCGCCCCCCCCCCCAAAAAAAAAAGGUCCAAUUCAGUGAGGUACAUGUAUGAGGAAAAAUAAGCAGUUUUGGACAUUUGUCACAGUAUUACAAGUUGUGAUUUUUCUUCCUGAAGAAGGAUAUUCAAAGGAGUUUAAGAAAAAAGAAGGGUAAAGAUUUAAGCAUUAACAUUUUAUCCCAAGUCAUAGUGAUUUGAGGUUGGUGUUAGUCCCAUGUUAAACAAGAAUAAUUUGAGUCUCAGUUGAGAGUGAGUCAGUUUUGGGAAAAAAAAGAUUUUAUGUGACCUAUUUGUAGUUACAAUUGAAAUUUGCCUUUAUUUUAAGAACAAACAUAAUUCAUUUUAAGAAUUCAGUGACACAGUUACGAAGUUCUGAAAGUUUCCCCUUAAAGUAGGCAUUUCAAUUGCUCAGUUUUAAAAAAUACAUAAACAUAAUAAUAAUAAUUAAUAAUAAUCAUGUCAGAAUUGGUUCCAGAAGAAUCAGAAAGCAAUCCCAGGCUACUUUUUCUAUUAUAAUUAUUUCCUAUAGGGCUGAAAGAUUCUGUGCUGUGUUGAGCAAAUUACUUCUCCAUUGUAAACGUAUCUUGUUUUUUCAAUAGAUUAUGUGAUGAGUUGUUAGUCUGCCUAGUCCCUGGUAAAUAAUGGCCGUUACUUGAGCCAAUUGAACAGAAAGGUUGGAGAAUACUGAAACCUGUUCCGUUGUUGACCCUGAGUUGGAAUUAUGGAUACAUUUAAAACUGCAGUCUCCUCUAUGGACAACCUGGCACCUUUGGAAAGAGUUAAUUGCAUUGAAAAUAAUUUGAAAGAUAUUUGUUUUAUGCAUGUUUUGGGAAUUGGAAAUUCUUGAAUUCUUCUUUGGAAAACAGCCUAAUAAAGUAAUCAAACCCAUCAAGUGAGUUUUAGCCAAGAACAGUCCCGCUAUGUGUUACUAGUGAUAAUGCAUCCUACUUUACUUAACAUUGGCCCACAAAAGGAAGCCAAAGUCUGUAGAUGGUACUGUGUAGAAAACAGCAAGGUUGGGUUUAUUGGUUUUGCAGAUCAGGUUCUUGUGGAGGUUUAUUUGUAGGACAGAUACAUUCAGAUAAAAACUAAGUGAGAGUUAGUUUUAUUUUUGAUAUCUCACAGUUCUAAAUAGUCAAGCUUUGGUAGCACGGUUUAACUGAAAGGUAGGUUAGAAAGGGCUAGAUCCAUUAUGUUCAGUAUAAAAAAAGUCAAAUAUAAUUUUAAUGUCAUUGUUUUACAAAAUUAAAGCACUAGAUUGGCAGUUUAGAUAUUGCCAUAGGUGCUCUGUUAAUUUAGAUAUUCUUGGAAAAACACAUGUAUUAUAUAUGUACAUAUAUAUACACAGUAUAUAAUCUGAAGCUCUGAGAGCUCUUAAAUCAGGAAUGCUGAGUAUUAUAGUAUAUUACAGACAGAUGAAUCUUUAUGCUUUGUGUGCUUGCAUUUCUUUUAGAACAGUAGUUCAUUUGGGGCUACAUUAUUCCAGCAGCCAGAAUUCAUUAUUUUUCUUAAUUAUCCUUUUCCCAGUUUAUUUUCUGAUAUUUUACUUUGUUUUCUUAGAUUGAUAUUUUAAAAGUUAUUAGCCAUGCUUGAAAAUCUUCCCGGAAAAAAUUUUGUUUUUGUGCUUUAUUUUUGGCAGCUAUACAGUAGUAACAAAACAUUUAGAAAUUUUAUUUUAAAAGGAACCACUGAUUUACAGGGGUCGGUGAUAUCUUGAAGGAGGUAAUUUGGUAUGUAAUUCGAGCAAGGAUUUUAUCAAAAUGGGUGUUUCACAGAAGGUCAACAGCACUGCUUGGUUCUGAAAGCACAAUAUCAGUCAUGUGAGGCUAUCCUGGCUGUAAUUUAUUUCUGUGCCUUGGGCCUUAUUCCUUCUAGUAUUUUGACCAGUAAAGAUGGUUAUUUGGAAUCAAACAAAAGCUUUUAAAAGGAAAUAACAAUAUUUGAUUGAACAAAAAUUAUUUGCCCUGGUUUUAAUGUUUCUAAUCCAAAUUUGGAUUCUAACCUUUCAAUCAGUGUUAAUCAGCUGCAACCAGUCAUAAAUUCAAAUUGAUCCCUGCUUAUUUAGAAAAUCUGAACAGUCUUUCAAAGAAAGAUUAGCAUCUAAAAAUUUGAAUUAGGGUCAGAAUGCAGGAACAUUAGAAACAUAGUUUUCCAGUAAGUUUUAGGGGUUGGUUUUAUUACCAUUUUAUCCCUGAAAUGGCAGAAUAUUUUCCAUUGAUCUAACACAAAAGUUGUAUAUUUAUUUGGGUUCUUUUUGCAGUAUAUUCUUUGUAAAUGUUUGGUAAAAUUUGCACUUUUAUAAAUAUCCAAUUAGUAGAAAAUUGGGUAUUGGUGACUUGAGAAACUCCCUCAUGUGGUAAUUGCGAGCUGACUGUCUAUCGCUUCUCUAAAAAUCAUAUAGCUGUUUUUAUGCAAAUUUUUUGUUGGUUGAGCUCUCUUUGCACCUGAAAUGUUCAACUUGAAUUAGGUGUUCUACUUGACUAGAAGGAGAUCCAGGUUUGGCAGGGCCAAUAGAUAAGUAUGUGUCUGACCUAAUGGUAUCAUUUAGUAAUUUUUUAAACACACUAAGGACUAAGUUAUGAUUUUGUCCAGAGAAGGAAUUAAUCAUUCCCAAAGUUAAAAUUAAGCUGGAAGGGGUCCCGUUUUCAUAUUAUAAAACUUGAUUGGAGGUUUUAGAAACCCCAGCUCAAAUGGGGGAUAGUGGAGGAAGAUUUCACUUAAGUUUGGUAGAUCUAAAGACAAGAGGGCAUUGGGAUAAUUUCUUCAUUCCAUCGUGGAAAAAAAACCCAGAACUGAAAUGAUUGAUGGGUGGCAAUGAAGGGGAAAUGAUCAUUUAAGAAAUAAUCUGAGUGCUUUGAUGUCGACAUGAAAAAUUGACUAUAGGCUCAUUUUAUAUACUGUCACUAGGGCCUGGUUUCCUUGACUUCCUUGAGUCCUUGGCUUUGAGAGAUACAUUUCACCUCUCCAAAAUCAGUGUCAUAAAACUGAGCCAGUUUGGCAGGAUUUUAAAGUACAUUAUGAACAGGGUGGUGAAGUUCCAUCUGUCUCAUCUGCUUACGAUAAGUUCUCAUUGAUUUGGAGAAUGUAGUUUAAACCUUUGUAAGUGUCUAUAGAAGCAGUCAAAUGUUAGAGGGACCAGAUUCAGUUUGGAAAGAGGGAUUGUAUUUCAGGUGUUUUAACUUGAAAUUUAUUUUUUAUAAAAGGAAAAAUUAAAAAAAAAUGAAGCUUUUGAAGCAAGUUGAUUUUAUAAAGCGACAGAGUAAAAAAUAUUGGUUCUUGAGUGCAGGUCCUAUCUGGAGAUUGGCCUGGUGGGUCAUGGUAAUUUUGGAUCUCAUUCUCACCAGCAAAUAAAAUGAAAAAAAUCAGCUAGCCUUUGGAGAUGCAGUUAGAAGAGCAGGUUGAGUCAAAGUUGGAUCACUUUAUUGGAGCAAAUCUUAUGCAGGACUUGCCCAUUAGGGCAGAAAAUUUCUAAAGCAAGAAUUUCAGUCUCAACUGCAGGACUCCUCUGAGAAGCCAAGGUUCAUCUAAGAUGUGGGUUGAAGGAGGAGCAACAGGGCUGGGAGGGAGAAAUCCCUAGAGUGUAAAAGGUUUUGUGCCAGCUGGCCAUGGGACAGUGUCUAUUACUGUGUUUUGGAAUUUUUUUUUUCUGUAGAAGUUGUAUUUUAUCCAGGUGCCACUCCAUUUUGUGUGUUUAAUAAAAUUAUUUAUAUUUUUUAAAAUGGGAGAAUAAUGAUUAAAAACUACAGAAUUGUCUGGCAUUUAACAUUCUCUUGAUGGAAUGGAUUAGUGAAGAGAGGAGUGCUAAGUUAGCUUCCCAUAUAAAAGAAUCCCCAACUGAUAUAUGGCACAUUGAUUGUUACUCACAAAAAAAUGAUAAUGUCUAGAUGCAAUUUAUAAUUUGAAAUGUAUUAACAAAAAAUGAGACCCAGGAAAGUAUCUAUAAAGAAAGAUUUGUUGUUUAAAGAGAUUUGGGGUGAAGCAUUGCUGACUACCCAAAACUCUCAGCACCAAACAGGGUUUUGAUCUUAACUCCAGCCUAUCUGUUGGAGUCUGUUACUAAACAAAUAUGGAAACAAAUCUCUAAAAUUCCCUACAUCCUAGAAAUAUCCCUGUUUCGGUUUGUUUUCUCUUGGGUUGUUUUUUGUUGUUGUUGAUGUUGUUGGGAUUUUUUUUUUUUUUACUUAACCUUUUGUGCUUCAUCUGUAAAAUAAUGUCCUGAGUUAUAGUGCAUUUUAUUAACACUAUGUACAUAUUAGCUGCUUUGUGUUUCAGAAUGAUAGUAAUUGCUUUGUAUAUUAAAGUGAUCCUUGUGAAUUUGUGAAUUAUUGUCAUAAAGAAGUGCUUUUUCUUACUGUAACCUUUGUGGUAUAAACUGUUAUAACUCCCUUUUUACACCAACAUUUAUGAGCAAUCACAUAAACAUGCUUUUAAAAAUCUC